AUGACUGAGACCAAGAAGACCUGGAUUGAUGUCCAGAAAAGGACAUUCACUGGAUGGGCCAAUAACUACUUGAAGGAACGUAUCCUGAAGAUCAAUGACCUGGGCACUGACUUGGAGGAUGGAACCAACUUGAUCAACUUGCUCGAGAUCAUUUCGAGCAAGAAGAUUCUCAAGUACAACAAGCAGCCCAAGAUCAGAAUGCAAAAGAUCGAGAACAACAACAUGGCCGUGAACUUUAUCAAGCAGGAGGGCCUCAAGUUGGUGGGCAUCGGUGCCGAGGACAUUGUCGACGGCCAGCUCAAGCUCAUCCUCGGUCUGAUCUGGACGCUCAUUCUCCGCUAUCAGAUCCAGAUGUCCGAGAACGACUCGCCCAAGGCCGCCCUGCUCGAGUGGGUGCGUGGCCAGGUCAAGCCAUACGGCGUUCGCGUCGACAACUUCACCGACCACUGGCGCGACGGCAAGGUGCUGUCGGCGCUCACCGACUCGCUCAAGCCAGGCGUGCUCAACAUGAACACGCUCAGCAACGACCCAUUCACCGACGUCAACCGCGCAAUGGACGUUGCCUUGGAGCAGUACGACAUCCCCAAGAUUAUGGACCCAAGCGACAUGGUUAACUUGCCAGAUGAGCUCUCCGUCAUCACCUACGUGUCUUACUUCCGUGACUACGCCCUCAACAAGGAGAAGCGCGACAAGGAGGCUGCCGAGGCAUUGGAGCGCAAGCGCCGCACCACCUCUGAGCCCUCCCAGGUUCUGGCCUACGGCCCAGGUCUGGAGCAUGGAUUCGUCAACGUGCGCGGUGACUUCACCAUCAAGGCCAUCAACUACUAUGGUGACCCCCUGGCCAAUGGAGGUGAGAACUUCACCGUCGCCAUCGUUGGUGCCAACGGCGUAGCAGUGCCAGUCAACUUGGUCGACCGCAACAACGGUACCUACGACGGAAACUACACUCCAAAGGACCCACAGGACAUCACCAUCAACAUCCGUCUGGACGGUGUCGACGUCAAGAACUCACCAUUCCGCGUGCGCAUCGAUGGCUCUGACCCCAAUGAGUCCAACGCCUACGGCCCAGGUCUCGAGGGUGCCAAGGUUGGAGUGCAGGCUCCAUUCAAGAUCCAAGGUCGCAACAAGGAGGGCCAGGCCACCACCCGUGGUGGAGAGGAGUUCACCGUCAAGGUUAGCGGACCAGCUGGCAACGUGCCAGCCAACGUCCACGACAACAACGACGGCUCGUACGACGUUGUCUACACCCCAACCAAGGGUGGUGAGCACCGCGUCGAGGUGUUCCUGCGUGGAGUGCCUCUGGCCCAGGGACCAACAUCGGUCCGCGUGCUCAACUCUGAUGAGAACAACUCAUAUUGCUCUGGUCCAGGCUUUGAGAAGGCCCAGGCACGCCGCCCCACCGAGUUCACUAUCCACUCGAUUGGCGCCAAUGGCAAGCCAGCCGCCGAUGGUGGCGACCCCUUCCAGGUGUCCAUCUCUGGCCCACACCAGGUGGACGUGUCCAUCGCCGACAAUGACGACGGAACCUACACCGUUGCCUACACCCCAGAGAAGCCAGGUGAUUAUGAGAUCAUCGUCACGCUCAACGACAAGCCAAUCAAGGACAUCCCCAAGGAGAUCCACAUCAAGCCCGCUGCCGACCCCAACAACUCCUACGCCAAGGGUCCAGGUCUCGAGGGUGGCGAAUGCUUCCAGCCAUCAAAGUUCAAGAUCUUUGCCGUCGACCCCGACGGAGUUGCCCGCAAGGAUGGUGGCGACGGCUUCGUCGUAACUGUCGAGGGCCCAGCCCCAGUCGAGCCCUACAUGGUCGACAAUGGUGAUGGUACCUACGACGUCGAGUUCGACCCCAAGGCUCCAGGCGACUACAAGAUCAACCUCACUCUUGACGGCGACACUGUCAAUGGAUUCCCCAAGACUGUGCGCAUCAAGCCCGCACCCUCAGCCGGACACUCAUACGCCAAGGGUCCAGGUCUCGUCGAGGCCUUUGACAAUGCAGUUGCCGAGUUCACCAUCUUCUCGAUUGACACUUACGGCAAGCCAAGAACCGACGGAGGCGACCCCUUCGUCGUUGCCAUCAAGGGUCCAGCCGGCAAGGUGGACGCUCAGGUGCGCGACAACAACGACGGCACAUACCACGUGCAGGCGAGAAACAAGACCUACGGAGGCGACAAGUUCGAGGUGUCGAUCACCGGCCCCGCCGAGUUCAUCCAGCUGGACGCCAUCGACAACCAGAACGGAACCUACACCGCCGCCUACUCACUCCAGGGUAAUGGCCGUUUCGCCACCGGCGUCAAGUUGAACGGCAAGCACAUCGAGGGCAGUCCAUUCAAGCAAGUGUUGGGCAACCCAGGCAAGAAGAACCCAAGCGUCAAGACCUUCACAACCACCGCUUCAGCCAACAUGUAA